CAAAAUGGCUGCCCCGGGGAAGGGAGCCCAGCUCGGGCCGUGAGGGGCUGCGCCUCCGCCGAGCCCCGCCGCCCGCCGACGCCGCUUCCCCCGCCGGCCCCGCCGCAGAGAACCACUUCCACUCGUUCAAGAGCCCAGAGCCCAGCGGACAAGCUGUGUACACCACAGCAGCAUUUAUUAACGUUCUGACUCUUCCGUCUGAGGGAAUCAACAAAAAGGCACUUUCUUCUUGACAUAAAGACUUCACUGUGUCUGCUGGAGAAAUACUCCUGCAUUGACAAAUCAAAUCUACCACUGAGAUCAACAAAAAAGAAAUGAUAAAAUUUUUUCUUAUGGUGAACAAACAAGGUCAAACGAGGCUCUCUAGGUAUUAUGAGCAUGUAGAAAUUCAUAAACGGUCAAUGCUGGAAGCUGAAGUAAUCAAAAACUGUCUCUCCCGUUCAAAGGAUCAAUGCUCUUUCAUUGAGUAUAAGGACUUUAAGCUGGUAUACCGGCAGUACGCAGCCCUUUUUGUUGUCGUCGGAAUCAAUGAGACAGAAAAUGAGAUGGCAGUAUAUGAACUAAUUCAUAAUUUUGUGGAGGUCUUGGACAAAUACUUCAGCAGAGUGAGUGAAUUAGAUAUCAUGUUCAAUUUGGAUAGAGUGCACAUCAUUUUGGAUGAAAUGGUACUAAAUGGCUGCAUCGUGGAGACAAACCGAAACAGAAUUCUUGCCCCUCUGUUUGUGCUCGACAAAGUGGCAGAGAGCUAGGAAGAUGCCAGACUGACUAAAGCAUUUAAAAAAGAUGGUGAAAUCAUCAAGAGCAUGGCAACAAGUCACUUUCUGAUUUUGUAAGAGCAACUCAUGCAAUGUUCAAAUUAGUUGGAAGAUAUUUCCUGCUUCUCCUAUGCCCUACAAACCUAAUGGAAAGACAGCUAACCAUAAAGCAGAGCCUUCGUUUUCAGAUGCAGCUUUCUACGGACACAGGAGCCCUUUUAGAACAGAAAAAUGUUUCUCAGCAUUUUGUUUUAAAUAGACUAGGAAUAAAGUAAUGGAAACUUACAUGUGACUGCAUAGGUAUCCCUUUGAAUCAUUUAUCGUUCUACCUAACCUAGAAGACAGAAAAUAUGGAAAUAUAAUUUCAAACAGUUUCAAUGCCUCCUUUAAGCACCAACAUUGUAUUUUUUUAUUUUCAUACAAACAUAUUGUAAAUUAAAGCUCUGUAACUUUCUAUGACUAGAUUCAGCCUUCAUCAAUAAGCUGGUCUCUUCCACAGAGACCCUCUUCUUCUGGUUACAAAAGAAAUGUCAAUAACAGAAGUAUAGAUGUUUUUAAGAUUCCUGCACACCAUGGAAGUUGUAACUAGAAGUUACACUUAAAUAAUAUUAAUAAAAUAAUUUAAAUC